AUGGCGGAGUUCGCGAAAAAUUUCCUUCUUAGCGUGCAUUUCGUGGGCAUCAUCGGUAGUUUCGAGUCGGUAUAUCAUAAGCUAACGGGACCACACACAAUUUUCUACUCUUGUGUGCCACUUGGGUUGCGCCAUCGAUCCAGCGACAUGGACCAGCAGCUCGAUGCUUCGUCGACACAGCAACCACGUUCUUUUGGGCAUUACAUUGAUUCAAAUCCAUCGUCAACGCAUUCAUCGCCACGCACGUACCCCGCCGAUCUAGAGCCAUACUACCCACCAACCCAGCAUGCCUCGAAUGUGGUGCAUUCGCAAACAUACCCUAUUCCAGCGGGAGUCAGCGUACACCCUUAUAUUCCAGCCCAACAGCGCCGACCGCAUCCAAUGCAAAAUAGCCGAAGUUCAUCGUAUUCGUCAUAUCCAGGACCUGUGCCACUCCAGGUCAGCACAUCGACAUCUUCGGCUCACGAGCACGACCCCAACGAACGCACCGCGAGGCCUGGGAACGCCCAUCGCCAUGCCCAGUUCCAUUCUACCAUUGCGCAAGCUACCAGCUCUUCGACACCUUCUGCUUCUACGUCGAACUUAUCGCAAGCAGCGUCGACAUCAGCCAGCGUUGGACCCAGCCAGAAUGAUGGUGGUGGAGAUGGUGACGGGGCGGGCCAGCAGCAUGAACCCUAUGUGUCCUCGACGCCAGGAGUGCAAAUGGGCUUGAGCCGACCGUUGAAGCCGAUAGAGCAGGAGCGCCUGAACCACCUAGAUCGGCUUAAAUUUUUCCUCGCCACCGCUCCGUCAAGAUGGGAUUCCGCCGCCACGAAUGCGAAUCCGACAGGAAUAACAUCAGCAGGAGCCCAAGGUGAAGAAUUUGGUGCCCCUUACUCAUCGGCCAUUGGCGGUUAUGGCGCCGGAGCGGGAUUUUCGGGGAUGGGACUAGGAUUGGAGCCAGCGUACCACCAUGCACCGCCUCAUCCAGCCCUCAACCGCUUCCUUCUUCCUAACCAGGAAUUUGUUACCUGUGUGCUCUGGAAUGGACUGUACCACAUCACCGGAACUGACAUCGUGCGAGCUUUGGUGUUCCGAUUUGAGGCAUUUGGACGACCGGUGAAGAACAUGAAAAAGUUCGAGGAGGGCGUGUUCAGCGACCUGAGGAAUUUGAAACCAGGAGUGGAUGCAUGCCUAGAAGAACCAAAGAGUCCUUUCCUCGACCUACUCUUCAAAUACCAAUGCAUUCGAACGCAAAAGAAACAGAAAGUGUUCUACUGGUUCUCUGUACCCCAUGACCGCCUGUUCCUCGAUGCACUCGAGCGCGAUCUCAAGAGAGAGAAAAUGGGACUUGAGCCUACAACGCAAAUUGUUGGGGAACCCGCCCUUUCCUUCACGUACGAUCCGAAGAGAAGCCUCUACGAACAAUUCAGCAAGGCUCAGGGUGCUCGUGAAGGCGAAGGCGAGCUCGAGACUGCGAUUCGCAUUGCCGAGAGAUCGAAAGAUGCUGAGGGUGCUGAUGGGGGUGAUAGUGCCAUGGACGAGAGCGACGCAAGUGAGGUGGAUGACGCCAUGAGUGGUGGCGAUGAAGGCAAGCGGCGACCAUCAAGCGGUGCGAAUGCCCUCCCAGGGUCUCAGUAUCUCAAUCUGUUCACGCUGUUCGAGGGCAGCCCGACUUACAAGCAACGGCGAAAGAAGGUGAACAAGUCAAGUGCUCUGAGCAAGAGCGGCGACGAAUACGGGGAUGAGUACGAUCGUGGCCGUAGCAUGGACCCCUCGUCGAUACGGUAUUCGAGCCAAAGCCGAGAACGGCGGCACCUCCCCCUUCCGCGACAUCCUAGCAUGAUGGACGAGUUCGGGCCUAACUCAGAGUCGGCGAACACGAGCGAGGUGAUGAGUGCUGCAGACAUGUUCCUGAAGCAGGCCCGCGGCGAGCUGGUCCCUGCUGACGGUGUCGUUCGCAAGCCGAAGCCGCAGCCUAUCGUCGGCGAUGUUGGGGUUUUCUACAGCGAAGGUGCACCUUCAGAUCAGCAAUCGGCCCACACGAGAGGGAGGAGCUUCGAUCUCGUGCGCGACGGGCCUGUGGCUCGUCCGCCGGGGAGCUUGUCUGCUGGGUACACCGCAUCGACGUUCGCUGAGGCUGGACAGCAGCAGGUGGUGCACCCAGGUCAGAUGGCUACGGGGAUGGCGCAGUACGAGGCUGUUUCCGAGGAUGGGAAGGUUCGGGCGUUCGUGUGCCCGCUGUACUCGUGUGGGCGGCUGUUCAAACGGAUGGAGCACCUGAAACGACACCUACGGACGCACACGAUGGAACGACCGUUCACGUGUAACCGGUGCAACAAGAAGUUCUCUCGGAGCGACAACCUGACACAGCACCUGCGGACACACGAGCGAACCUGGGCAUGGAUCGUUGGCUGGGAGCAGCGGCGGAAACGAGUGGAUUGA